AUGGUGCGCGUCCGUUCUCUCGCCAAGGAGCUGCGCCAGCUGGAGCUUCAGAAGCAGACCGCCUCACCACCUCCUCCUCGCGCGGCUUCCAGCGACGAAGUGUUGGAUGACGCAAUACGCUCUGCCACGUCUAGCAGGAAGCCCGAGACCGCCUCCUGCUCGUCCAGCCCUCGCGAUGGUGACAUCCUGACGAGCGCAGCGCAUGCCUCGACAACCGCAGAAACAGGGGAGGUGCCAUCCUCUUCGCCAGCCUCUAGCACAGGGGCUGCCGCAGAGCCUCAGCCGACCUCGGCGUUUCCGCUUCCACGGCUUUCUCCUUCGUCCCGGGACGGUGCACACCACCGCAGCAGAAACAUCCUCUACUCACUCGGCGGCAGUCGCUUUGAUAUUCUCAUGGGGGGGAGCCACGGCGACGGCGGUGCUGGCUGCAAAUCGCAGGUGCGCAAGGCGACGAAGGCGUGCACGAGCGGCGGAGGAAAAAAUGGAGCCGCACCGGCGACGGCGACGCAGGAGCCGCAGCAGCGUGGUGAUGCAGAGAGGAGUUCUCUCCUUGAGAACGGCGAAGACGGUGCGGCAGCGGCGAACCCCGCGCCGCCUCUCGGCAGGUCCAGCGGCAUUCCGACUCGCCCACCAUUCAAACGCCUCCUCGCGCAGCCGUUUAGUCAUGUGCUUGUGUGCGACUUCGAGGCCACCUGCGCCAGUGGCAGUGUUCACUACCCGCACGAAAUCAUUGAGUUUCCUGUCGUGGUGCUGGACACGGCAACGCUGCGCAUCGUGGCGGAGUUCCAUCGGUAUGUCCGGCCGCUGCGCAAUCCGAAACUGACGGCGUUUUGCACGGAGCUGACGGGCAUCACGCAGGAGAUGGUGGAUGUGGCGGACCCGCUGCCCACAGUCGUCGCACAGUUUCAGGACUGGCUGAAGACGGAGGUGUACCCGCUCUGCCGGAUGUGGGCGAGGCACUACGGCCCCAACCGCCUCUCCCACAACCUCAAGUCGGAGCAGCGCCGCUUCGUCUAUGACGAGCACACAGACGCGGCGAAGGCCAACACCUCUGCAGAGGCUAUGGUAUGCAUGGCUACGGACGGGCCGUGGGACAUGCGCCGCUUCAUGCAUGAGUGCAGCGUCCUGCGCGACGGGGUCGCCUUCCCGCCUGUGUGUUACCGCUACAUCAACGUUCGGCACAGCUACAGCGAUCACUUCAAGUGCCGACAGGCGAAGCUGACGCACAUGCUGAAAAAGAUGAGCAUGUCCUUUGAGGGACGGCGGCACAGCGGCAUCGAUGACACACGCAACAUUGCACGUGUGCUGGCGGAGCUCUUUGCGCGAGGCUAUCGCGUACAUCACGUGAGCACCAUCAAGUACGCCCACCGCGGCGACGCCUUCUUGGAGAGCGACCGAGCCGCACAGGAGCUGCUGUCCGAGUUCGGCGAGACGGACGAGACCCACACGAGCAAACACGCGAACGCCCACAAGGGCGGCGGCAGACAGCGAGGCGUGAAGAAGGCAUAA